UAAGCCAAGUAGUAUGCUGGAUCAAGCUUUUCUCCCUAUUAUUGACUCAGCAGGAGUCUCCGCUUCUGUUGCUUCUCCAGCUCCUGCAUCUAGUGUUUGUAGAGCUGCCUCACAAGACAAAGAGAAAGACGAGGAAGCUUUCAUGGACCUUUCUGGUUUUAUAUUUUUGUGCAAUAGAGAGACAAAACUCGAUUGUUUCAGAUUUCGUGUUUUUGGGGUUGGUUCAAAUAAAAAGGAAAUGGUAGAAAAGAUUAAACCUGGAACAAAGAUCUUCCUCUUUGAUAUUAAGUUGAGGCUCUUGUAUGGUGUAUAUGAGGCAACAUCCACUGGAGGAAUAAACUUGGAAGCACAUGCUUUUGGAGGCAAAUUUCCAGCACAGGUAACUCAUAUGUGUUGUCAGUUAUAUAAAAUACCCAAUUGUUAUUAG